UAGAAAUCAUGGAUGACAGUACACUGUGUAGUCACUGUCAUAGUCCAGUGGAUAGUUUGGCAGAUGGAUGCUCUUGUUCCAAAUGUGGUGAAAAUCUACUUAAAAAAUCAAGGAUAGAUCAGGAAGUAUUAAAAGUUCAUGGAGGUGGUGAUGAACCAAUGACAGCAGAUAAUGAAACAAAUGAUCAGAAACAGAAUGUAGCACAGGCAGUACAAGAUGUGCCUUUGCAACCAUUGAUUUUGGUUGAGGAUGCUCACUCACAGCAGACUAUGGAUCUUAACCAGGAUAUGAAGCAAGAUUGCAGUGAUAGACCUACAAAUGUUGAAGUUGAUACAAACUUGGAAGUCAUGCAAUCAGUACAAGGUGUUAACCUACAGUCAGGGCAAAUUCUUCCUUCUCAACAGAUGGUCAGUUUAAUCCCAAAGCAAAACAGAUCAGAUGAACUUAAAAGCAAUACAGAACAGAUUAUAAUACAACCACAGCCAUUACAAGGUGUUCCAUCAGAUCCACUGCAGGAUGUAACCCCACCACCAUCACAAGACGUAACCCCACAACCAUUGCAAGACGUAAUCCCACAACCAUUGCAAGAUGUAACCCCACAACCAUCACAAGAUGUAACCCCACAACCAUCGCAAGAUGUAACCCCACAACCAUCACAAGACGCAGCCCCACAACCAUUGCAAGAUGUAAACCCACACUCAUCACAAGAUGUAACACCACAACCUUCACAAGGUGUAACUUCACAAUCGUUACAAGGUGUAACUCCAGAAUCGUUACAAGAUGUAACCCCACAAUCGUUACAAGGUGUAACCCCACAAUCGUUACAAGGUGUAACCCCACAAUCGUUACAAGGUGUAACAUCACAAUCGUUACAAGGUGUAACAUCACAAUCGUUACAAGGUGUAACAUCACAAUCGUUACAAGGUGUAACAUCACAAUCGUUACAAGGUGUAACUUCACAAUCGUUACAAGGUGUAACUCCAGAAUCGUUACAAGGUGUAACCCCACAAUCGUUACAAGGUGUAACUCCAGAAUCGUUACAAGGUGUAACCCCACAAUCGUUACAAGGUGUAACCCCACAAUCGUUACAAGGUGUAACCCCACAAUCCUUACAAGGUGUAACUCCAGAAUCGUUACAAGGUGUAACCCCACAAUCCUUACAAGGUGUAACUCCACAAUCGUUACAAGGUGUAACCCCACAAUCCUUACAAGGUGUAACUCCACAAUCGUUACAAGGUGUAACCCCAGCACAGUUACAAGGUGUAACUCCAGAAUCGGGCCAAGGUGUAACCCCACAACCGUUUCAUGGUGUAUUUCCACAUCCAUUUCAAGAUGUUCCAUCACAUCCAUCACAAGAUAUACCUGAUCAGCAACAGCUGCAAGAGCGCAUGUCACAAUUUUUGCAGCAACUUAGUCCAGAACAGAUGCAGAUGCAAAUGAUGUUUAUGCAAAUGAUGCAGAUGCAGAUGGGUAUGUUUCAAGGUGUCCCUGGGCAACCAGGAAUACCACCAUUUGGUGUGCAUCAAAGUAUGCCAGGAUAUCUAGGAAUGCUUUUGACACCUCCACAGCAAUAUCCAUUAGGUAGUCCUCACAAUAAACCAGCACAGUGUGUAGGAAACAUGCUUCCUGUACAGCAAACCAGUAUGCAGUGGUCACAACCUGAGCAUGCUGAAAGGCAACAACAGCAAGGAAUUUCCCCAGGAUCUUUUCUACAACAGCCAUCACAAACAUCAGAGAACCAUCCUGUGUUGAGUACAUCAACACAACAGUCCAACUUGGCACAAAGUCAGGGACCAUCUACAGCCUCUCUUGAUGGUCAGGGUAGAAAACAAGCCCAAUCAUCAACAAGUGCAGCAUAUGCAAUUGGACAACAACAGGAGUCCCCAAUUGCUAAUACUCAAAUGACACAACAAUUGCAGUCAUCAAGUAAUCAACUCAAAGCAACAGACCAGCAACCUCAGUCUCCUUGCACUACACCACUGGAUCAACAACAGACAUCAGUCAACAAAACUGGUGUGAUUCUACCUGAACAAGGUGCAAAACAAGUUGAGAUGCAGCAGCAGCCACAUGCAACAGCAAAUUUGCACUCACAAGCUAAACCACCAGUGGGUCAACAACAAAUGCAGCAUCAAAUUGAAAAACAACAAUUAACCGAUCUGCCAAAUUCACAAGAGCAACCAUUGCUUUCACCACAGCAAACUAUUCCAGUACAUACAAAUCAGCCUACAUCAGGACAACAAGCUGCUUCUACAUACAAGACUCACACCAGUCCAAAUGAUGCUCCCCAAAAAACUACUGCUAAUGAUCCACAGCAAAGAAUACCAGAAGAAACAGCAAAUAAAUCACUACCUGAGGCACCUGAUGAUGCAUGUGCAUCUCUUGAAUUACUUCCUCAUGGAAAAUUUCUUGAAUUGUUUAAAAUAAAAUUAGCAUGUGAAGAUUGUAUUUUCAAACAUGGCUCUGGUGUCAACAGUUACAAAGUUGGUGGAUCAAAAAAUCAUUCUAAGAAAGGAUGCAAAAAAACAAUACUCUGUUGUUGCCUUAAUAAUGGUAAAGAUAAUCUGUGGAGAAUUGUCAGAAAAAAACCAGAGAAAAUUCCAGAGUCGCUAUGCCAAGAAGCUGAACAAGAUGAACCAUGUGGACGUCCACCAGGAAAAUGCCCAUUUGCAUAUACACUGGUUGAACGUCAAGUUUGGCUUGCAGAGCAAAAGGGCAUUUUCAAUCGAAAAGAGUUGUUUCCAAGCUUGAAUGAUAAUGCUGCUAUUAUGACCUUGCAGCGAAGAAAAGAGGCAUCUGCAAAACAAGAUGGCUCACAAGUGGGGAAAAAACAAGAGAAAGGAGGCUUCAGCCAACAAGAAACUAAAAUCAGAACAGAAGUGAUCAUACAGCUUCCAAAUUCAGCAAAACUUGCAGACCAAACUAAAAGUAAUGUUCCAAUGGAUGAAAAAAAGAACAUAAAGUCAGAAGUACCAUUUCCAGAAGUGGCACUUUCAAAUGAGUUUGAAAAAAAGGCACCAUUAGAUGAAAGUAAAGAUACCAAUGAGACAGACAUACAGGAACAGGCAGACGAUAACGAUGAGGUGAAUGCUAACAAAGGAAAAACUGAUGACAAAGAAAUAAGCAAAAAUGACCAGCCCCCUGAAUCUGGUGGAGACUGGUACCAAAAGAAUAAUGCAACUGGUGAUGAAAAAAAAGACAAGAAAAAAAAGAAAAAGAAAGAGAAAAACAAAGAAGCAGAGAAAAAGCAUGCUGAGAGAAGUCAAGAUGUUAUUCCGGAAGCUCUGAAGCAUUCAGGGAAAAAUACCAUGACAGUUAAUUUUUCUGUGUGGAUGUCACCUGAUUUUGGAUAUGAUUCUCUGAAACAUGAAGUUGUGAUCAGAUGCAGUUUACCUGAGUUUGGAGGAUGGAGUGGUGGUCAACCAUGUGUCAAAAUGAUGCCAACAGAUCAUACUUGGCUUACCAUAUUUCAGAACAUCGCUCGUGUUCAAGGAAAAAUUUGUGCACAGGGUGUUCUAAUUGGAGGUAGCAUGCAGAAAUUAGAUGACUCAUUAGAGGAAUGGAUUCUGUCAUUACGUAAAUUACAGUGUCGUGAUGAGGCAACAGAUCAGGAAAUUUUAGUUGCAGCAACUUGGCAGAAUCAAGAUACAACUAUAAUUGAUGAACUACAACUUUUCAAAGGAGAACUGGUUACUGAGCCAAGGUAUCUUCAACAAGAAAUGGAAUAUAAAUAUGUUUUAGUGAAAGGUCCAAGUAAGAAAGAAUCAUUAUAUGAAUAUAUUCCAUAUCACAACAAUAAAUAUGGGAAUAGAAUUCUGAAAAUUCCAGUUGAUAAAUGCAAAGCUGGAGGUGACUGGAAUCGAUAUGAUGAUGUAAUGUACCCAGAACAUGGCUCUAACUGGUGGGGGAAAAUUAAAAAAACUUUUUCAUCAUACUAUGAAAAAGUAUUUGGAAGUGGUAAACUUGCUCUUGAAAACAAGACCUUUGUGACAAAGUUUAUGCUACCAUCCUGGAAUGGAUUCUGUGUUCCUGAAGAUAAGAAAACUGUGACUCCAGGAUUGGCAUUUGAUGCAAUAUCAAAAGUACAGCAGAUAUUACAUGGCAUAAAUCAAAACUAUAAGCCUUAUGGAUUUGAUUUUAAAAAGAUGCUGGUUGAAUACUUAACACCUAAGCUGGAAACAUUCAAGAAAUUCAAGUCUAUGGAUGAAGAAACUGCUGAGCAAGGAGUUCAGCGACUAGCAUCAGCCUUAGCAAUUAUCACACUGAUUGAGGAAAAUUCUUUGUUUGAUAAAUUGGACUAUUGCAUAGUUGGUGACCUUUUUGAAGCACUCCUGAUUCGUCCUAAUUUUGAGAAAAGCAUUUGUCAUGACUUUGAAGGACUUGAACAUCAUUUUCCAGGAAAGGAACAAAAAAAGAAGCUAGCUGAAUUGCUGUGUAGUUUUUGUAAUAAAACAUUUACAGCAAAGAAACAUGUUGAUCCAAGAUUCUUGCUGUGUGUACCUGUUCUUCACUUCCUAAGACUGGAAAGUGCCCCUUUUAAACCACCAUCUGUUGUAGAUAAUUAUGAAGAUAUUGCUUGGUGGGGAGUGAAAUCACUUAACACACAAAGUUUUGUAAACUUCAUUGAGAACCAUAUGAAUGUGGUUGAAAUUGUAAAACGCCUAGAACCGUUGUUUCCAGUUGACACACUUUUGUGCAGGGCAUGUGUGAGGGUUGUACCAUUCAAUCAGUUAGCUACCUUGGUGAAGUCACUUUCGAUGUCAGUAUUAGUUCCUGAACAAAUCUUUCAGGAUACUUGUUGGGAGAUCAUUGAAUCUUUAACUGGUCGUAUACGCCAUUUGGAAAUGUCUGAAGAAGAAACCAGUUCACAGAUAAAUGAAGAUGAUGUAAAAAAUCUCUCUUCAUGCUUGGAGGAUACAAAUUCAGUAUUGACACUACUGAAGACAGUUAUGAAUAAAUCUUACAUAGAUUCGUAUGAUAUUCUAUGUUGUAUAUGUAACUUAUAUGCAGCAUGUUACAGUUACACAAUGACUAAAAUUCCACAGAAUAAACGUGUGACCCGACAGACUUCUAAAAAUACUGAAAUUGACAAAAUGAAAGAAAUGUAUGACAGUGUUAUUUCAUCUAUGCACCAGUGGAUUCACACUAAGCUACCAUAUUCAUUGUUCUCGAGCUGGGAAUGUGGAAGCAAAACAGAUUAUACCAAUGAACUAAAGGUAUGGCACCAUAUAUUCUUGGUUGAGUUCUCAGAUCAGGAAGCAGGGGAAAUAUGGCAUAAACAUUUUCUGGAGCUGUUUCAGGAUAGAGUUAAAACGGCAAAACCAUCGCAAAAGGUGAAACUGUUUUGUCGUAAAGAUGUUCAAGAUUAUCAUCCCACUGUUCAGAAGACUUUGAGUGAUGCUGCCUUCAGUGCUGUUGGAGAGAUUUGCAAACAUGCAAAAGACUCUGAAGAUCUAUUUAGAACAAUUAAUCAAUCUGAAGUAAAUGAAUAUGGCACAUUAUUAUCUCAUAUGUUGGAGAAAUCAUGGCCCGCUCCAAAUCAUGGAGAAAACUGUGCAUCAUUCAAACAGAUUCUACAGCAUUUGUUGACUUGGACUCCUUUUGUUGGAUUUUUCAAAAUGACAGGUGCGAGCCAAGGUCAUGGAAACAUUUUAUCUACUUUAGCACAAGAACAUGUUGCAAUAUCGCAGUCUGUUCUUGACAGCUUGACACAAGAGCUACUGAGUGGUGCUAUACAAACUGAUGAUCUUAAUAUGGUGUUGAACAAUAUCAAUCAUUUUCUUGAGCUUUAUAAAGUAACAGGUGGUGAGACUAUUCCAUCGAAGGAACAGGGUUGUCACCGUCCAGAUUUUCCUAAUAUCACAAAGAUAUUAGAUCAUAGGAAAAAAGAACUGGAAGCUUUUGAGCAUGACAGAAAGCUCAUUAGUUCCUUCCUUGGAAUUUGCCAAUCAAUUCAACCAGUUGAUAUUCAACAAUUGCAAGAAAAAGUUGAGGUCAACAUAGAUGAAUUGAAACUCUCGGAUGUUUGUAAUCCAAUCAAGCUUGACCAAAUUGGUACUCGCCUCCUAGAAGUAACCUUCUUUGGAUUGUCUUUGGCUGUGAAAAAAAUGCUGGAACCAUUGCAAAAAAUCCACAGCAGUUCACUUUUUCAGAACAUGUGGAUUUCCAGAGCAAAAACACAACACAAAGAGAAACAAAAGCGAAGUGGUACUAACAUACUGUCUAUUGAUGAAGUUGCUGUUGAAGUAUGGCAGUUUGUCUUUAGAGAAAUCAUGGAGGUUCUAACCAAGACACAAACUGGGAGUCUCACUCUUAAGGAAGUGGAUACUCUGUUUGGCAGAUUCCGAAAUCAUUAUGAUCAAUUGGAGAAAGAGUUGAUGCAGCUCCUUGGGGCUAGAUCAAAAGCUGAUUGGAUCAAAGACAGGAUGGUCCAAAUUAAACAGUAUCACCAGUUAGAAGAUAGACUAGAUGCAGUUGGUACCAUUAUAAACAUAAAGAAGACAUUUGGAUUGUCUGGUGACUUCAAUGCUGUUCUUCUGCUGUCUUCAGUGCGCGAUGCGGAUUUCAAAGACAGAAAAUUGGAAUCAAUUAAUCAUGAGGUUGUGACAGCUGGGAUUGCUUUAGCUGAAAUGUCACAUGCGAGAAUACUUUGCUUGCAGGAACUGGUAAAACAAAAAGCUUUGGUUGAUUGGCUAAGAACGGAAAUUAAAGAUGUUCAGCAGUUGAAAGUCUUUGUGGAUUUAGCUAUGAUAUCAGCUGGUGAAACUGACAUGGAGGUAGACAGAGUGAAAUGUCUUCACCAAGCCACAACAGGAUUUUCAUCCUUCAUAUUUGACUUGAAACCAGAUGCAGGAUUUCAUCAAUUAAUGAAAGCGUGUGAGUCAUUGUGGAAUGCACUGAGAAAUGAUGAAGAUCUACCAGAGAAACUUAGGGGCGUAAGUCAUCAUCUAGAUUGGUUGAAAGGAGUCAAGGAGUCUCAUGGAUCGGUUGAAACAUCAUCUCUUAGUCAAGCUGAAGCCAUCAAUACCAAAGGAAUAUAUGUAGUUGGGAGUAUUGAUAAAAAUGCUGUGGUAUGUAAAAAAAUGCUGUUAUUUCUUAGUUUAGAGGCUGGUGCUAUAUGUUAA